AUGGACUUUAUGUUUGACUGGGAGACGGAAGGCGAUCAUUUCUCUUUUGAAGACAGUGACCGUUUUGAGGAAGAUUCUCUGUGUUCGUGGAACAGCGAACCGGAGAGUGUUUGCAACAACUGGAGAGGAUGGAAGAGACAAAAUGGAGGCCAAGCCUUCCCCGUACACCACCAGCAGCAGCAACAGCAACGAAUAUCGGGAGACAAAAUUUCAACUCUGGUGGAGAUGGCCGCACAGGCCGUCGCCUGCCACAUUCCAUUUGAAGUAGUAGAAAAUUUCCGACAGCCUGUUCCAGACCAACUCCAACUUAGAAUAGCCUUCUGGAGUUUUCCUGAAAAUGAAGAAGAUAUCAGAUUGUACUCCUGCCUGGCCAAUGGAAGUUCUGAUGAGUUCCAGAAGGGAGAACACUUGUAUAAAAUAAAAGCGGUAAAAGAAGCUCUACAAAUUGGUUUUCAUUUGAGUGCUUCUGUGUUGUCCCUACAAAGUUCUACUCAGAGCAAAGGCUCCUUCAAUGUUGCUGUUGUGUUUGACAGGAGACGCAUUACUACAUGCAUGUGUACAUGUGGCAGUACUGCCUGGUGCUCUCAUGUUGUGGCCCUGUGUCUUUACAGAAUUCAUCAGGCUCAUUCGGUGUGUUUAAGGGCCCCAGUAUCCGAAUCACUUUCCAGGCUUCGUAGAGAUCAGCUUCAGAAAUUUGCUCAGUAUUUAAUCAGUGAACUACCACAACAGAUUCUUCCUACAGCACAAAAGCUUUUAGAUGAACUGCUUUCAUCCCAAGAAACUGCUAUGAAUACAGUAUAUGGUGCUCCAGAUCCUACAGCUGGACCUUCUGCCAGUGAACAAACAUCAUGGUGCUUGGAUCCUGAUACUUUACAUGAGAAUAUCAAGAAAACUCUUGUCAAAUUUUGUGUUCCUUCACCUAUGGUUUUUAGUGAUGUGAAUUAUUUGUCAUCGUCAGCACCACCAGCUGCAGCAGAAUGGCAAUCCUUACUGAGACCAUUGCGUGGUCGUGAACCAGAAGGCAUGUGGAAUCUGCUCUCUAUUGUGCGGGAAAUGUUUCGUCGUAGUGAUAACAAUGCCGUCCCACUGCUUGAAAUUUUAACUGAUGAGGUGUUACAAUGUGAACAAAUUUUAGUUUGGUGGUUUGCCACUAAACUGUCGAGUGCAUACAGUGGCAAUGGUAACCAUGGCAAUCGUAGUAAUAGUAACAGCAGUGCAAAUGCUUCCCAACAUGCUGCAGCAAGCUUUUGUGAUGAAAUUGUUACUCUGUGGCGUUUGGCAGCCCUCAAUCCUAAAUUGUCUCCCAUCCAACGAGAUGAUCUGUGUGCAAAGUUCCGUGAUUGGCAUAUGUCAUCAAUUGACAAAGUGCGAAAAAACCGAGGGGCAGGCUUUGGGAGUUCUCCUGUAAGUCUUAAAAAAUUGGACAUAGAAAGUUUCACUGGUUUCAAACUUGCAGUUGAAGCAUGUUCACUUGAUUGGGAAGAAUAUGAUAUUCCAGGUGUCACAUAUUCUGAAGGUUUUGGUACCCAGUACCAUAUAAGUCGUAUUCAAGAAACAGAAACUAAGAAGUUGUCCCGGGUACAGACUGUGGCUGUAUGUUCCCAGGACCUCAUCAGUUCUGACAAUUCCACUCGGUGUAAACGGUCUGCUUUGGGUUUUGACCCAACUGUAGGUGCUGAUCGUAGGGAGCCUCAUUAUUUUUUCAAUAAUAUCUCAGGUCCAGGAUUAGUAACACUUGAUGUGGGCAAUGCUGAUCCUGUUCAUAGCUCUGGUUCAGAAGGCUUCUGUGAACCAGACAAAUCUGACACAGAGACAACAAGAAACUCCAGUAGCAGCAGUGGUAAGAAUAAAUCUGUUCACCGGGAUAGUAUAGGAAGUUCUGAAUUUAGGCCUUGUGCCAUCUAUGAUAAAAAUUUUUCUGAUAGUCUAAAAUUCUCUGUGGUUGUGUCGGAUACUGCAGGAGACUCGGAUGCUUCAUUGCCGGGCACAUCUGGGAGCCAGGAUGGUGCUAAGUCCACCAGUCAUACCACACCGGGAGGUGAUUCUCCUCACUUGGAACCCAAUUUGUCAGCAGAGUCCCAGCCAUCAAGCGAUGAGUACCAGUUGUAUUUCUAUGACCCAAAAGCUAUCCUUAAGUCUUCAGAAACAGAAAAGAAGCGAAAAGACAAAUCUGAAGAACCAAAUUAUUUUUCUGGUUUGAAAACUGUUUAUAGCAAACAAGAUAUUUGGUUUGCUCGUGCUGAGGCUCUCCAUGCUCAUGGCCAUAACAAAGAAGCAUGUAAACUAGCACAAAAAUUAUCAGAAGAGAUUCUGCUCAAUCCUCCAGAUUUUUUAGGAGAAACCAACAACAUGCAACCUCCUAAAGGAAAAAAGAAGAAAGUGCAGAAUGGUGUUAGUCUCUUGGCAAGUAUGACCCUAGCUAAGGCAGCUUUUCUCUGCAAUGUUCUAUCAGAAGAUCCUGAGUGCCACUCACUUGCUUUUAAAAUUGGCAAACAUUUCAUUUUUGACCUCUUUUGUCUCCCGGCAAGUCCUGCUUGUGGUAACAGUGGCAAAUCACCUAACAGGUCUUCAGUUCAGAUGAUUACACGACUGCCCAGUUAUGAAAAGCUAGGAUUUGAGGCAGCUGUAGCUGCUUUGGGAUUGAAAGCAAAUGUUUCUGAAGCAGAACAUCCACUUCUUUGUGAAGGAACAAGACGACAACGGGGAGAUCUUGCUAUCACGAUGUUGGUCCACUAUAAAGAUGACCAGGCCAAACUUAGCAAGGUUAUGGACAAGCUGCUUGAUAAAGAAAUUCACCAGAUGUAUAAAGCCCCAAGUUUGUCAACUUACCUGUCCAGUAAAUCUGGGAGUCACCAGUCGACAGCUGGUAGUGCUGCUGCUGAAGCGGCAUUGCGUCGAGCUGUCCAGCGGCAUGGCAAAGAAGAAGAGGGAGCUACAGCCUCGAGCUCCAGCUUGACAGCUGCUGCAGCAUCCACAUCAGCUUCGAUUGGUAACCACCCAGCAUCAGUUGUUGGACGGUUAGAUUUGCCCCAGUCUGCCAUGUUGACCGGAUCAUCUGGCUCUGUAGCUGGAGACCCUGACCAGAGUGGCUGGCAGAAUUCUCCUGCUCAGAGAUUGGACUACCUUAAUUUGGAGCAGGGACAGGCUGCAUCAAGCAACCACAGUAAUGGUGCCAGACCCAAAACUAUGUACUCACUCAAGUAUAAUAGUACAGAAAAUACAGACAGCUCUGCAUUAGAGGAAGAUGGGGAUGAUCACUUAGGCUUUGACAGCCAGAAUAGAAUGAGAAGGAAGUACUCUACCUGGAAGCGGAUGUCAACAUGGCCAGCUGUCCAGAGGCAGAUGGUAGCUCAACGGAUAAGAGUUCAUCCGAGGAUGAGGACCCUGUCAUCCUGCUUAGAAGGAGUGCCAAGCAGAAGAGGCCUGCCCAGAGUUGCACGGUGGCAAGCUAUGGAAAUUGGCAGUGCAGCUAUCAACAUCCUUAUUGAUACUUGGGAAGGGCAUUUGACUCCUCCAGAAGUAGCUUCCCUUGCUGACCGUGCCUCACGGGGUCGUGACCCCACUAUGGUUAAAGCAGCUUCUGAAUUGGCCUUAUCAUGCCUACCUCAUGCCCAUGCCCUGAAUCCCACAGAGGUGCAACGUGCCCUUCUCCAAUGCAAAGAGCACAGUAAAGAAAUGCUUGAAAAAGCCUGUCUAGCUGUAGAAAGUGCUGCCAAAGGGGGAGGAGUUUACCCAGAAGUUUUGUUUGAAGUUGCUCGUCAUUGGGACAAAAUGGCUGAGGAGUCUGCUCACCUUGGAAAUAGUGGAGGUACACAAGGUAGGAAAGCGCAGUCAACUGUUUCACCUGGUGAUCAGACCAUGGCGCUUGAACUGUCACGCAUUCAAGAUGAAGACUCCAAUUUACCUUUGAUAGUUGAAUCUGUGGGAGACCAGGCCAACUCAUCUGCUCUUCCAAUGAUCCCUUUCAACCAGCAGGGUCCCCAUACAUCCGGCACAUCAGGAGUGUCAUCUCAAAGCACGCCACCUCCACCACCACCACCACCACAGAUCAUUCUGCAUUCCUCCAAUCACCUCAACCACCCAGCACCUAUGGUAAUACCAUAUACUUUGCCAGGGCCAGCACAGGGCAGCCAGAUCCCACACCAUCCUACCACAUAUGUGCCAACAUACAGCUUCUUCAAUCACCAUCAUCAGUACCCUCCACCCCCACCCCCACCGCCACCUCAGACCACACACAUUCCACUUCACAACAAUAUGCACCAUCCUGGUGCAUAUAUCACCACUUAUUCCUACCAGAACCAGGCGCCAUUCACUGUUGGUAACAUGCAGAAUGUUCACCAUAGCACAGCUCAGAUAUUCAAUGGAACUAGUCAUAUUCGGCACCUGGGGCCAACUGUUCAGAUCUAUCCUAACCCUAAUUGCCAGGUGAGCACUCUGCAGCCAAUGCAUGGGAACAGCUCGGCAGCUACUGGGACCAAUGUACAACAUGUGGAGCAGCCACCAGUGUUUACGCCCUGUCAACCUACAUCGUCCACAUGUGUACCCGGUCAACAGCAGCAGCAACAACAGCAAAUGUGUGUUCCUGGUCAGCCACUACAACAGGGAAGUCAAGCAAGUCUUCAGCCUUCAUCAGUCAUCAACAAUCAGACACAGAUGAAUUAUCUGAUGGCUGCAUACCGGGUGGGCAUGUUGGCCAUGGAAACACUAGGCCGCAAUGACCGGCCUCAAAUGAAGUAUGCUCGGAACCCUCCCUAUGGUGAGGAUGUGAAGAGGCUCCUAGGAGUUGCACUCAAAUUAGGCAGUAGUUACCUGCAGCAGUUCUGUGCCAGUGCUGUCAAUGCUGUGGUCAGUCCUUUUGUUCUCUACGACAUUGCUUGGGAAGCUGCCCACUAUCUGGCCCGCAACAAUCCCACUCAGGUCCACAACUGCUUGCGAUCAAACUUCCUCAAUCCAUUGGUGCAGAAGUGUAUACAAAUGUAA